AUGCCGGUGCUGACGCGGGCAGGACGAGCCCGGGCAGCCGCCGGGCAUCCGCCCACCCCUCCUCCUGCUCCGCCUCCUCCGCCUCCUCCUGCCUCAUCAUCAACGGCCUCGUCUGGAUCGAGCAAGCCGGCGCCCGCCCGUUCCAGACGCCACAAAAAAGGAAGAGCUCCAACUACACCGACGCCUUCUCCGACUCCUACCCCAUCUCCGUCGAGUACCCCUAGCAGCGGGUCCAAAGGACCGGAUACGUUAUCCCGAUCGCCGUCGCCUGAUUUUGCCGGCGCCGCUGCCCACCGCUAUAGCUACAGCCAGACUACGACUCGUCGCCUACAGCUCAUCCAAGGAAUACAUGGACAACUUCUCCGUGAUGCUCCUAACGACACCCACAUGCUGGCUGGUGAUGUGGUCUCGGGCUACCAUUCGGAGAAGGCCGCAAAUGGGCGUGAAGUUGGGCCCUUCAUUUACUACUGGUCGACCGCCACAAAGCUGCACGAAAGGGUUGUACUCGAACUGCUAAUGCGCGGCAACGCGGUGUGGGAGCACCGCCAUCUCGAGCGGUGUGUGUGUUGUGGAUCGGCAAAGCUGCACCACUCUGUUGGACUUCUGCGACUUUGUCACCGUUGUGCCAGCUCUGUCUUAGAAUGGCGCGGGGUCAACCACCGUUGCAACGACGAGGACUACCACAAGCACAACACAGAAAAUCUCUUCGAAGCACUGAUCGGUCGGUGCUGCGAAUGCCGGGUGAGGCGAGCUGUGAUGUUUGGGUAUCAACCCGUUCACCAACGUGUCCAGCAAAUGUUCUUGGUCUGGCCGAGACGGGGCGACAGCGUCCGAACCGCCCGAGAAAUCGAC